AAAGACUGCGCUUUUAAGACCUUUAUCCUGAGUGAAAGCAAAUGUACUGGACGUGAAGCCAAGACCCAUCCAAGAUGGCAGCCACAUCAGUUCCUGAAGACUUUUUUACUGCAGCUGAUUGUGAACUGAAUAGAGUGUGAGUGAGCAACAGCACUCUGUCUCUUCCCCCUCCACCUGUUUCUGUCUUUACCUCAGGAAGUUGGCACUAGUGAGGGUGUUUUUCUACAAACAAGUUGCUGUGCAGCUGCCCCUGAUUCUCAGCUCAAGAUGUACAGCUUCAUGGGAGGGGGGCUGUUCUGUGCCAUCGUGGGGAAUAUCCUGCUAGUGGUCUCCACCGCGACAGACUACUGGAUGCAGUACCGCCUGUCGGGGAACUAUGCCCACCAAGGACUGUGGAGAUACUGCAUGUCCAACAAGUGCUACAUGCAGACUGACAGCAUAGCAUACUGGAACGCCACCAGAGCCUUCAUGAUCCUCUCAGGGAUGUCAUGCUUCGCAGGCAUCAUCGCCGGCAUCAUGUCCUUUUCCCACUUCUCCUCCUUUGAAAGGUUCAACCGCUCCUUUGCAGCAGGAAUCAUGUUUUUUGUCUCCACGUUCUUCGUUCUGCUCGGCAUGGCCAUCUAUACCGGAGUGACAGUCAACUUCCUGGGGAGACGCUUCGGUGACUGGAGGUUCUCCUGGUCCUACAUACUGGGCUGGGUGGCCAUGCUCAUGACUUUCUUUGCAGGUAUUUUCUACAUUUGCGCCUACAGGAUGUGUGAAUGCAGGAGAGGAACUGGGCCACGCUAGAGGGAGCCAGACGGCUUGUUGGAGGAAAAUAGAGAGAGAGGA